AUUAAUCAAUCAGCAGUAACUAUCUCCUUAAUACAGCCUUAUACAAGACAAUGUCUUUGAAUUUGUAGUUUUGCAGCCAGAUGUUUGCUUUUUUUUCUCUCUGAUGAUAUUAGGAGGUUCAAUAAUUUUUUUCUGAAGAUACACAGCAAUACAACGAUCUGUUUGAGGUCACAACCCAAAACCAUGUGACUGAACAAAUCCAGCUCUCACACCAUAAGUCCAGAUUGCUGCCUUGUCUCUUGUCUACCUCCCACCUUUAAAUAAAUAUAUUAGCACAGAUGAGAAGGUUUUUCCAAAGUGCUGGUGAAAGAUGCCAUUCAUAUUUUUUAAGGUAUUCCGGAUGGACCGGCUGGUUUUGGUGUUUUUCAUUUUUUCAAAGACGUCCUACUGCCUUGAGGCCUUUCCACUGACACUCCUGAUAAAGAGUCUCACUUCCUGCCUGGCCUCAUUUCAGGAGCCAGACAUUGAUGUGUUGAGACGACGCCACACAGUACAGACAGAGGAAAUAAAAGCACCCCUUUCUGCUUGUUUCAAGACUUCCAGUUACCAUGACGACGAUGAUGGUAGUCCAGCAACCGCAACCUGUUAUGGUUUCCACUGACUCCAACCAAUGGAGCUCUGGCAUUUGCGACUGUUGCGAUGAUGUACCUCAAUGCUGCUUUGCGUUCUGGUGCUUCCCGUGUUUCGCCUGCAAGACGGCGAAGGACUAUGGAGAGUGCCUCUGCCUGCCACUAUUGGACGGCUUCGGCGCCAUACCGCCCAUCACCCUGGCGUUGAGGGCGUCCAUGCGCCACCGCUACGGCAUCACGGGCACCAUCUGCAACGACUGCGUCUAUUCCUUCUUCUGCGGGCCCUGCUCCUGGUGUCAGAUGUCGCGCGAAAUGAAGGCUCGCUUCCAGCCAAUCACGCUCAUCAACGCCCGGGCCAAGUAAACCUCCGCCCCGCCCCUCCCGCCUCCACCCCCGGGGCCUGACCUCUGAUCAGCAUUCCAACGGAUCGCUCAGCUGUCACAGCUCACGCUGUCGACUGACCUGGGAUCAGUACAGGCUCAGGGAGUAAGGCAAACCAAACAAUGUGACCAGUGUUGCCCCACACCCCCACCCCCCCCACCCACAAUUAUCAGGACACGCACUCUCAAAACUGAUGUGCAAAAACCGAAUCAAUCAAUUAAUCAAUCAAGCUUUAUUUAUAUAGCGCUUUCCAUCAAAUCGCAUGCAAUACGAAGUGUUUCCCAUAACAACACACAGGCUUAACACUAAGCACACAAAACAAAAUAAGACGUAGAAAUACAACAACAAAAGGAUGACGCAUUUUGUGUUUCUUCCCACGCAGUCUGUAUAAAAAAAAGUCUCCCUUUGUAACACAUACAUUUUGUAACGAAGAAUGUCGAGUUGGAUCUAAACCAGAUUAUUAUAUAUAAGGGAGUCAAAUGUCCAUUAUGAGCCACUUGUGAUGGUGACAUGGGUGAGGCCAUUCCUUUAUAUCUUAUUUCUGUGAGUGCGGUCUUACCAUGGCAUGAUCAAAAGAUCACUGUGAUGAUAUCUAAGGCAGUGUCACUAUUGUGUAUUCAAUUCAUUAAAUUAUGUACUCUGAACAGUGAAAGAUAUAACUGAGAGUUUUGGUGAUUUUCAGUACCAUUGAAAUAUAUACUCUUGAAGCUGUAUAAAAACGCUAUGAAAUAUUAUUAUAUCACAAGCUAAACCCGCUCUUUAAUAAGAAAUGAUAUACAUUAUUAUUACUGGAUUUACAGUCAUAGGCUAACCCCUGAGCAAUGUCAGGGGUUGACCAUUCAGAUUUGCAUCCUCAAUAAAGCUCAAAAUCUUUUUUUGCUUUUUUUGGCCAAACACCUAUACUUAACUGUGAAUUUGUACAUGCCUCUGUAAAACCAUCAGAAAAAUAAAAUGCUUUUCUUACACUA